GGCAUUCCUUAAAACCCAAGGUUCAGACUCCAGUGACCGGUGGUAACUGCCCACAGUCCUCUAUUCAGAGGGGCUGCCGGCCGGGCGUCCUGCCCUGCCCGCAACAAUCAUUGAAUCUUCGGUCUUGGGGUGUCCUCCUUGCUCAUGGGGCGCAAGAAGCAGCAGGGGAGCAGCAGCGCGGCCGUGGCGGCGCGGGAGAGCGGCAAGGAGAAGCAGAAGCAGAAGGAUGGGAAGGAGGGGAAGCAGAAGCAGAAGGACGGGAAGGAGGGGGAAGCCAUAGGCGCCGGCCAGCGCUUCUUCAAGGUCUUCUUCCCUGAGCAAUCAGGGGAGCGAUUGAAAAUUCCAUCGCCGUUCCACCAGUACCUUGAGGACAAGCCUUCUGGAUUGGUUUCCCUGAAAAGCCCAAGCGGCGGCACGUGGCAAGUAGUACUUACUUCAGACUCCGAAGGAUUGUGGUUCGCAGGUGGGUGGAAUGAAUUUGUUAGAGAUCAUUCCCUCAAGAAGGGUCACUUUUUAGUAUUCACUUAUGAUGGACACUCGCAAUUCUGUGUGGUGGUGUUCUGUCCAUCGGGCGUCGAGGACCCGUCAGCUUUGGUUGCUCAGCCUUGUAAGGACAGAGUCGUUAAUGUAGAAAAUGGUGAAGGGGACAUAGUCAUCGAUGCAGGUGGGACAUCUGAAAUAUCGACUUUCCCCCUAGAGGAGGGUAAUGGAACCACAAGAAAAAGGAAUAGAGGAACGGAUGAUCUCAUAGCAGAUGGCUCUGCAUCGAAGUGGAAGAAAGCUGAGAAAAAGAGGCCUGAUGGUAUCGUUGGCACAUCUAAGGCAGCAUCGACAAUCCUUAACAGCAAUAAAGUCAGUUUGUUAGAUGAAUAUAAUUGUUCCAACCAGACUCGGAUCAGGGAUAAGGAUGUGCCUAGGGGUGGUAAAUUCAUCUUUAAGAAGGCAAGGCAACCAGUAGUAAUAUCACAAAGGCGUCCAGUAACUGAAGAAGAGAAAAACCUCGCUCUUAAAAGGGCAAAGGAGUUUAAAUCAAAGAAUCCUUUCGCCAUGCAAAUAAUGAUGGACUCUUAUGUCUAUGUGGGAUUUUUCAUGAACAUCUCAUGUGAAUUUGUCAGAGAGUCGCUUCCCAAAACAAGCAAGAAGAUGACACUCUGGGAUCCACAAGGAAAGCCUUGGGAAGUUAACUAUGUUUACUACAGUGACCGCUGUGUUGCCUCUUUCAGUGGUGGCUGGGGUAAAUUUUCCCUAGGAAAUAAUCUGGAGAAGUUUGAUGUUUGUGUCUUUGAGCUAUUUAAGGAGGACAACAUAAAAGUGCACAUCUACAGGGUUGUCCCGGAAAUCACUCCGCUUCUCCGUUCCAUCCACAAAUAACAUGGUUUUCUUCGCUUGUUGGAGAGUGCAAUUCCAUUGAUCUGCAGCUACACAAUAAUAAGGCUGAUCAUUCACAUGCUGGAAAGUGCUUCUGUGCUCCUUCGAGACAGAAUGAACCAAUAAAAUUUCCCCAAACAAAGAAAAGUGACAAAAAAACAGAAGUUAUGUACUUAUAUUCUGAUGGGAACCCUGUUGUAUCAGUUAAAGAAUAUUGUUGCAAACUUGCGGUCAUCGGAGAACUACAUUAUAUGAGCAAUGCAUUAUAGUAAUUUGUUGUGCCCA